AUGCAAGACCGACUGGUGAAACAUAUCGCGUCGCGACAUCGUGAUCGUUCUGCUUCACUGGUUGGCGAAGAUGGCGCGAAAGCUCAUAAGUGCACGUUAUGUACCAAAUCGUUCGGAAGAAGCGAUAUGUUAACACGACAUAUGCGCCUACAUACUGGUAUAAAACCGUAUGGAUGCCAUAUCUGCGGACAGGUAUUCUCACGAAGUGACCACUUGAGUACACAUCAACGAACUCAUACUGGCGAAAAACCGUAUCAGUGUCCGCAGUGCAGCUACGCAGCCAGCAGGCGUGAUAUGAUAACACGUCAUAUGCGUACACAUGACCGUCCCCCAGGAUCACCGGAAUUCAAUCCUCUGGCACUAAGUCAACUGUCAUUGAGUCAUUCAAGUAGCCAGUUGCACCAGAUGGAUACGACACCGAUAUUCCCGGAGAAUAUCGCUUUUGGAUCGACGUGUCUAAAUUCCGGUGGAUUAUCGCCUACGCCACCUCAUCCAUUGAUGCUAUGCACUUCAGCCACUGCUACUACUAGCACUACUCCAGCGACAAAUACCACCGAUGGUCAACAGCCCAGCAGUAUGCUACCAAAUUUACCGAUCCCAGGCCUCAUUGGUACCAACUUGAGCGCCAGUGCAUUUACAGCUCGUGGCAAACUUGCGACAGCAUUAUCGCCAAUGACACUGCCGGAAGCUUCGUCGCAGAAUUCGCCUCCGCACAGCAGCGCCGGUUACCUCACUGUAUCGUCCAUCACUAGCAGCAAAAGUUCUCCAGAAUCGUCGCAAUCAUUGCCAGCGACAGCGCCCUCCCUAAGCCGUCAGGCCAGUAUUGGCGGUUUCUCCUUUGCUCAGCCUGAUUUUGAGUAA